AACUUUAUACAUUAAUAAAAAAUAAACAUGUCGUUUGUCCCCGUACCUAAUUACAAUCCUUCAUUCUUGAAGGACUCUACGCUUAUCUUGCCUACAGUGUCUAUUGGUAAUGUACCUCAGUUAGUGUCAGACUUGCUUAUUCACACAUUUAAGCUUGAGCGUAUUGGUUUCCUUGACUCCGACGCCUUGGUUCCUGUCUCUGGUGUGCGUGAAGAUAACUCACAAACAGGUGUUACUGUUCCCUUGGAAGUGUUCCAGUCAAAGGAUCAUCAAUGGACAUGUAUUCAACAACGCUCGCCUGCAUUAAAAGGUAAAAGACAGGCUUUUAUUGACGAGAUCACAGAAUUUUCAGCCCAAUUCCGCAAGGUGAUUUUAUUGACGAGUAUGGAUGCUUCACGUCGUAUCGAUAAUCAGAUUAACGGACCACCUUUCCGUACGUGGGGUAAAGGAGAAGAGGUGGAGAAUGCAGCCAGGAUAGGUGUACCUCAAUUGGAGCUGGAAGAGAGCGAUAAGCUGGAUUUACCCGGAUCUGGUUUAGCCAGUGCAUUGUACAAGUCCAUCUCGGGCCGUGUUGAAGCUACAACAAUGGUGAUUAUGUUUGCUUUAGAAGGAGAUAAUGUUCAGGAUAGUAUUGAAUAUGGCAACUUUGUAAACACCUUGUUACGUAUCAAUACAGAACUGAAAGGAUGGACACCCCCCAAGAGUUGGGAAUUCUUAUUUGGCACACCAUUUAAUGCAGAAUUAUACCAAUAA